AUGACGGAGGUAGCCAGCAGUUCAGAUGGUCGGUACGACCACUGGAUGAAGCUGUUGAAUGACAAUAAAAUUACUUCCCAGAACACAUGGGAAAUGCCCCUGAUUGACUAUUUCCAUGAUUCAGUGUUCCAGGGUGGCAAGAACAUUAGUUUCCAAAAGGCUUCCGCAACUCUAGACGGAUGUGUGAAGGUUUACUCGUCCAGAGUUGAUUCCGCUGCCACUGAAGUUGGUAGAUUACUGACAAAUCUCCAAACAGACAACCGGGAAGAAGAUGAUGAUGACGAAGAAGGUGGCAGUGAUGAAGACGACGAGUUGGAAAGAGCAACGAGUGGCAAACAAAAGAGAAUUGUGACCAGAAGCACCAAUACGCUGGUGAAAUCCAUCGAUAUGAUCACGAUAAAGGAGCUGGACAAAGAAGAGUUUGUCAAUCCGGUCUUCAAGAAGGCGCUGACCGAUUUCGACGAAGGCGGUGCAAAGAGUUUGCUGCUAAACAUGCUGAAACUUGAUAAUACGAUGAGGGUGGUUUUUGCUACCACCACGGCGGACGAACAGCAUAAGGAAAUCAUAACUAGCAAGCCUCCCAAGAAAAUCGAUCUCGGAUUUGUUUUCAAAGUUAUGGGAGAGUCUCACGAACAUCUCUCCGUUUGUCCGUCUAUGCCCCAGAUGGAAGAGGCAGCUAGAGAGGGGAAUCUGCCUCCUUCGUUGCUUGAAGAGAUUGGUGAGACUACGAUGGCCUUGCCUAAUCUAGACGCAGACGAGAUGCCAGACUUUGAUAAUUUUGAAAACGGAUAUGGUGAUGAUAAUGAUGAUGUGCACAAAACCACUUUGAAUCCGCUGGACGAUAUAGAGAACACGGGACAUGAAGACGACGAGCCAGGAUUUUCCACCAUGAUCAAGCUUUUCGAUGACUCUUUUGUGAACAAAACGGACGGAGAGAGUUUCGUUGCUGAUGAGAACGUUUUGCAGUACCUGGAUAAUGCCUCCAAGUUUACGUGGGCUGGACCAGAGCAUUGGAAGAUUGCCAAUCUCAAGAGAGCCACAAGAGUGUUGAACAUAUUGCCUGAGGAUGAUGAUGAGAUUGUUCAGCCCAACAUAGAAGGCGAAUUCUCGAAACCAAAAGCGCCGCGCAAGAAGAAGGACCAGGAACGGAUCAACAUGUUUGAAUCUCCUCCUAAGGCGGAAGAUGAGCUUUUCGCUGAGUCUUCCAACACCAUAAUAUCAGGCAAAUUGUGGGAUUCGCUCCAUUUGUUGCCCGAUGACAAGCAUUUUUCCACCAGACAACUAAUACACUUGUGGCAUAAACCCACGCGAACAACAAGUUUAAUAUUUUUCAAGGAAAAGGAAAACAAGCUGAGGCAAAAAAAGUACGACGAAUAUGACGAAAAUUUCUUUGCGGCCAAGUACCAGGAGAAGGAAGAAGAAUCGCAUGAUGACUUCUUGAACGAUGACGAUUUGCAAGAUUACAAUGAAAUUCAGCAGUCUGUGGCAGAAGGAUAUUUUGAUGAGGGAAAUGCUCUGAUAGGCUCACAGGAAGGAAAGCUCCUUCUUUCUCAGGCCGACACUAGACCUGGUGCUAUCAACUUUGCGAGAGUGGCCAAAAAGGUGGAUGUACGACUCUUGAAGGAGAACAUAUGGGAUACACUUAGUCACGAAACUGCAUUCAUGACAUCCCGGAAACGUUCUGCCGAACAGAGUGAAGAGGAGGCAGAGAGCCCCGAUCUCACACAGACUCCUUUAGUCUUCUCGGAUCUGGUGAGCCAGGUUGGAUCUCGCUAUAAGUCAUCUGAGAGAAAAGACCUUUCCACGAGUUAUUGUUUCAUAUGCCUAUUACAUUUGGCUAAUGAGAACGGAUUCACGGUCGAGGAUAAUUCUGACCAUUCGGAUUUGUUGAUCAAGGGAAGCCUUAAGGCGAUAAGUGCCUGA